AUGGCUGCUUCAGUGAUGAUGAAGUUGGCGUUGCUCAUUCUGUCCAUCACCUCGCAUCAGGUUCUAGCGGCGCACCACCAGCAUACCAUCAACGUCCAGUCCUUGCUAUCCAGCGAGAUGUGCUCUUCGGCACCUGCGGCUCCAGUAACCCAAGCAUCUCUUCCUGGAGCUGCUGGAAGCACCCUCCAAAUCGUCCGCCGCUUGUGCCUGCAAACCGGCAACAACAAGACGGUGUCUGACCACUACACCGCCAUCCUGCACCGAGACCACCACCGUGUCCGGUCCAUCCACCGCCACCUCGCCGGGUCCCAAAGCACAAUUACCAUUCCUGCUCGCCUGGGCCUUCCCUUCCACAGUCUGGAGUACGUCGUCACCAUCGGCAUCGGAACCCCGCCGCAGAACUUCACCGUCCUCUUCGACACCGGCAGCGACCUCACCUGGGUCCAGUGCGCGCCCUGCGGCGACUCCUGCCACGCCCAGGAAGAACCCCUGUUCGACCCGAAGAAUUCCAACACGUACGCCAACAUCCAGUGCGACGCGCCGGAGUGCCAUAUCCGCGGUGGCGGCGAACCAAACAGCUGCGGAUCUGGGUUCACGUGCGCGUACACCGUUCAGUACGGCGACAACUCCCAGACUUUUGGUAAUCUCGCGAAGGAAACCAUCACUCUGUCGCCGCUGGCGCCGCCUGCCACCGGAGUCGUGUUCGGGUGCAGCGACAAGACCACCGGCCUACUCAGAGAUGAGAGCGUCGCCGGCCUGCUCGGCCUAGGCCGCGGCGACUCGUCCAUCCUCUCGCAGACACGGCGCACCAACGACGGCGGCGUCGUCUUCUCUUACUGCCUCCCGCCGCGAGGCAGCUCCGCCGGUUACCUCGUUAUCGGCGACGACGCUCCGCAGCCGUCGAACCUGACGUUCACGCCUCUGAAGACCGACAACCCUCGCCUGAGCUCCGUGUACGCGGUGGACCUCUCCAGCAUCUCCGUGAACGGCGCGGCCGUCCCUAUACCGGCAUCGGCGUUCUCCGAGGGGACGGUCAUCGACUCCGGCACCGUGAUCACGCACAUGCCGCGCGCCGCGUACCUCCCGCUGCGCGACGAGUUCCGGCGCCACAUGGGCGACUACACGAUGCUGCCGGAGGGGUCGGUGGGAGCCCUGGACACUUGCUACGACGUGACGGGGCUCGACGUCGUGACGGCGCCACGGGUGGCGUUCGAGUUCGGUGGCGGCGCGAGGAUGGACGUCGACGCGUCCGGGAUACUAUACGUUAUAGGUGCCUUGGGAGAAGCGGUGGCGUGCUUGGCCUUUUUGCCCAUGGAUUCCGUGGGUCUCGUCAUCAUUGGUAACAUGCAGCAGAGGGCGCACAAAGUUGUGUUCGAUGUGGCCGGCGGGAGGGUUGGGUUCGGACCAGGUGGAUGUAGUUGA